AGCAGAAGAACCCCAAACCUACCUCGAAGAAGAAGCUGGGAGAAUCAUGGCUGUGGAAAACAAAGAUGCUCGACCGGGGAAAGCUCCUAAAAAAGAGUCUCAGCCUUUGAUUAUUGCCAAAACUCCCGCAGAGGAGCAGCGCCUAAAGUUGGAGAGAUUGAUGCGAAACCCCGACAAAGCUGCACCCAUACCAGAGAAACCGAAGGAAUGGAACCCACGCGCUCCACCAGAGUUUGUGCGGGAUGUGAUGGGUUCAAGUGCUGGAGCAGGCAGUGGUGAGUUUCAUGUGUACAGACACCUGCGCCGCCGUGAGUAUCAGAGGCAAGAUUUCCUGGAGCGAUUGUCUGAUAAGCAAAAGCUUGAUGAGGAUUAUAAAGAGAAGCUGAAGGAAAACCAAAAGGCUGCUGAGGACAGAACAGCCAAACGCAGAAAGAAGAGAGACAAGUUGAAACAAAAGAAGUUGAUGGCCAAGAAAGCCAAGAUGGAGAGCCAGAAAGAAGAAGACUCUGAGAAGUCAUCGUCAUCUUCAGCUUCUGAAGGAGAGGAGAAAGAAGAUGAUGCAGAAGUGCCCAGCUUCAUCAUGGGGAAGAGAUGAAAGGAUGAAGGUUUCCAGCAUAUACAGUACCACAGCAGUGAACGUUUUACUCAGAUCUCUGAAAAAAAAACAACAGUUUUUCAGAAGCUCACUGAUGUAUUCUAUGACUAAGUCAGAUGCUAAACACUUCAAUUUGACAUUUUACAACUUUGUUUCAUUUUAUUGGAGUGUUUGUGGUAAACUAAUGUGACCAGGUUUGCCUUUUACUCUGUUGUAAAUAUUUUUUUUAAUAAACAAAACAAAUGCGACGACUA